AUGUCCUCUCGACCCCUCCAGCCAUCCGAAUAUGAGAUACAGCGCGAGGUGGAGGCCCUUAGGGACCUUAGGAGACGGUCAACAACCCCUGGUGCUCUGACCAUCGACCCAGACUUACCCAAUCAAUCUCCACCUUCUUCUCCAACUGCUCAGUAUUGGGUCGGCAAAACACCUGCUGCGUCAGCGCCUUCCCCAGAUUCCAACUUCAUCAACAGCAAUGUCCAGGGGCUUCCUUCACCCGAUCCUGCCACUAGUCCAGGGAGUAGUCGCACAGCAGAUCCUGCCCCAAACAACCCAUCAGAUGACCCUCUCCACCUCUUCUGGGUUCCAGCGAGUUUGCAUCCCGAAAUCGCACCUGCAGAAUUUCGCGCUUUUUUGAAGGAACAUGCCAGAUCUCCGCCAGAUGGUCAACCGACAUCACCUUCCUCAUUGUCCUCCUCUUCGAGUCUCAAUCGUAAACGGUCUAUGCUGAGUAGACAGUACCGACCACAGGAAAACGAUGGAGUCGAGGAGGAAAACAUUGUCCCGCUCAAGAGGAAUCGCAGUUUGAUGUACCCAACCAAUCCUGGUCCACAAUUAACCAUCAGCGAUCUACAAAAAUUGGAGGAGCUGGCAGAAGAAGCAUCGGAGAGUGAUGACCCUUCCCGACUCCGAAGUGUCUUAAGAAGGAGCUUGAGUUUAAACAUCUCUCCUUCCGCUAUUAUGAUGGAUGAGGUGCCCGACAUGGGUGACGAGGCAGAUGCUCCAAUUAUUGUCCCACCACCCGGACAAAUCCUACGGCGAGCAGCUAGGACGAAGAUUCGCAAACCUGGUUUGCCCGGCGAUGGCGGCGGUCAUAGGUUUGGUGCUUCGCGAAGAGGAGCAAAUGCCAACAAUACCCCGCCUGUUCCCUCUGAACCUAGGACAUCCAGUGACAUAUCAUCAAGCGAUCAUGGUGAUUCUGAUUACAGCUCGGUCCUUCGUCGUCCCACAAUUUCAGAUGAUAGUUCUCACCACAAUGCAAGGCCCGACUCGUACAGCGAAGAGACGUCUAUCUACGAUGCUUACGCUCGAGACGAUGAAGACGAGGUGAAUAUACCUGUCGUUCCAGAUACCGCUGCAUCUCCUCCACCGGCACCACCAAUGCAGCUUGAACCAAUACCCAUUCCAGUAGAAGAGCCGCCUCAGAGACCAAUUGAUGCAAUCCCUUUUCAUCAGGAGACUCCUCCUGCGGUUAUACAUCAACCACAGCCACAACGACUCGCUGUCCCACAACCUACUCAAGAACCCAGCACAUCAUCAAGAACUCCUUCACCAUCAGAAGCUGCUAAUGGACGUUUAAUCCCUGUUCAAUCUUCUCCACCCGCAAUCCCGCAAAGUAUACCGCCCCAGGUUCGCAAGGAAAAGGAAAAGGACAAGAAGGGGUUAUUUUCGAAAUGGGGAGGCGACAAAGGUGGCAAGAAAGGCCAGAAGGAAAAGGAUCGUGAGGGUCGCGAUCGUGUCAACUCUGAGAAAGAAAAAGAAUCGGGUUUCUUUGGAUCUCUCUUCGGGAAGAAAAAGCAGGACACGGAUUACCAGUCGUCGAUGACUGGUGGGACUUCGGGACGCGAGGCUGCCCAGGCAUUACUUGGAGCUUCCAAGUCAUCAAAAUCCUACGUGCCUCCAACAUCCCCUGGACUGGCUCCUGGAAUUGGUGGGAACCCGUAUGCAAGAUACCCUAUUCAUGUUGAAAGGGCAAUUUACCGACUGAGCCACAUCAAGCUUGCGAAUCCCAGAAGACCACUAUAUGAACAAGUUCUUAUUAGUAACCUUAUGUUUUGGUACUUGGGGGUCAUUAAUAAGGCUCAGAAUCCGUCCACGAGUCCAACGCAAUCGGUUGCCAACGGUACCCAAAACUCAGGAAAUGGCGAUAACCGGGAAGAUGCCGAGCAAGAAGAGAGAGAAAGGGAACAGAGAGAAAGAGAAGCAAAAGAAAAAGAGCAGCGCGAAAAGGCAGAAAAGGAAAGGUUGGAAAGAGAGCAACGGGAACGAGAACGAGAAAUGGAGCUCAAGAAAAAAGAGUCGGGAAGGCGAGGUCCUCUCACGAAGACGCCUACUGGUGGGCAACCAGGUACACGUCGAGCGGAAACCCCCAUUAAGGGCCCUCAAUACGAGAUGCAGCAUCGUGUGAUGGAACAAGAAUAUGGUGGAUACAAUGGACAGCCUACGCGCAGUUCUACUGCACCCAUACCAAUGCUCAAUGGUGCUCAAUCAUACCAACGCGUUCAACAACCUGGACCAUACACUAAUUCUCCUCCCAAGCUGGUGCAGCCACAAGUAAAAGCGCAACCAGAGCAAUAUUAUUACCAGGCGCCUACAGAUCCUCACCACAGACCUGGCUUGCCACCGGGGGCGAUGGCUCCUGCCGACCAAUCAAAUUGGAUAUCUCAACCUUCCUCGCCCACUCAUCAUAUGCACCAGUCAAAUCCUUCUAACGUCAAUGCACAUCGUCGGUCUCGCUCUCCCCCGUCUAAUCAACGCCAACAACAACAACACUCUUACUCUCCAAAAAGCUCGCCGAUGCAACUCCAUAAACUGAACACUUCGCAAGAAUCUCUAGGUGAUAGGAGCCAGGGGCAUAAGAGCCCAGGCAGAUCGUUGUCAGCUACUGCUUAUACUUCACCCCCGCUAGCCUCUGCAAAUGGCAAUCUUCGCAAGGGCCAUAGCGCUCACGCAACCACUCCGUAUGAAAAACGGCCUCGUUCCUCUGAAGGUCGCUCUCAAAGAGGAGAAGAGGAAGAUGUCCCUCUAGCUGUCUGGCAACAACAGCAAAGGCGAUAA